CCAGGAUUAAAGGUGUGCACCACCACCACCACCAUGUGGCUACAGGUAGUUGUAAUGAGAGUUUGCUCAGGUCCUCUGCUCUCAAAGAGCAGAAUGUACUCUUAACCUGUGAGCCAUCUCUUCAGCCCCUGCUGUUCUCUUAGACUGGGAUGCAACCCCCACUUUUGAAACAGUACCAAGAGAGUCUGGCCUCUUAGUUUCCAGGCCCCUCUCAGGAGGGGUUUCCCUGCUGCUGAGUGCGCAGCUCCUCCUUUUGGGGUGUGUAUGAACUGGAUCUCUUGAUCUGCAUGUCUGUUUUUGUCUGGCAUGUUGUCUGUAAGUCUGUAGAUUCUUUGCACCGGUAACUGUCUUUGGGUGUCUACUCACUUCUACUUUUAAAUAGUCCUUAGGUUUCUCAUUAGCAGGAUAAAACCAGCAGAAAGGGUUUCCUCUGGCCUAGGCUUGUGAAGCGCAGAGGAAGACACAGGUUCUGGUAGGAGAGGUGGAAGUGAAUGGUCAGACUGGCUUGGGGUCCUUGGGGGCAGAUGAGGCAGACACGGAGAAAGAGGCGUAUUCAGUGACUGCUUCUAGCCACCCUUUUGGCCUUUUCUUUUCAAUGUGAGGGAGGUGGCGCAGGCUCUGGACUGCUCAGUAGAACCAGUCAAGCUGGUUUUGCACAGGGCCAGCCUAUUUUCCCUUGUCCUUUCUGGGAAGUUGGCAACACAGAGGUCUGCCUCCUGUAGACUGAGCUGCUGAGGCGUGAGCUUGGACGACCUCUGUAAACAACCUCCCACCCUCUGCAAGUACUCAAAUGAGUCUGGGAAUUGGAUCUCUUCCUCUGAAAGGGGCUUUUCUCUGCACCCCAUGCUGAUCCUCAAAGCAGCUGGUCUGGUUUAUGUACUUUUCCUAGAAGCUCUAAGCCCACCCUGGGACACCUUGAUUCCAAGCCCAGCAGUAAGUCCAACAUGCUGCGGGGCCGCAACUCAGCCACCUCCGCUGAUGAGCAGCCCCACAUUGGCAACUACCGGCUCCUUAAGACCAUUGGCAAGGGUAACUUUGCCAAGGUGAAGUUGGCCCGGCACAUCCUGACGGGGAAAGAGGUAGCUGUGAAGAUCAUUGACAAGACUCAGCUGAACUCCUCCAGCCUUCAGAAACUAUUCCGAGAAGUAAGAAUAAUGAAGGUUUUGAAUCAUCCCAAUAUCGUUAAGUUAUUCGAAGUGAUCGAGACUGAGAAGACGCUCUACCUUGUCAUGGAGUAUGCCAGUGGCGGAGAGGUAUUUGAUUACCUGGUGGCCCAUGGCAGGAUGAAAGAAAAAGAAGCUCGAGCCAAAUUCCGCCAGAUAGUGUCUGCUGUGCAGUACUGUCAUCAGAAGUUUAUUGUUCAUAGAGAUCUAAAGGCAGAAAACCUGCUCUUGGAUGCUGAUAUGAACAUCAAGAUUGCAGACUUUGGCUUUAGCAACGAAUUCACCUUUGGGAACAAGCUGGAUACUUUCUGUGGCAGUCCUCCUUAUGCUGCCCCAGAACUCUUCCAGGGCAAAAAAUAUGAUGGUCCUGAGGUGGAUGUGUGGAGCCUGGGAGUCAUUCUCUAUACACUGGUCAGCGGAUCCCUGCCUUUUGAUGGACAAAACCUCAAGGAGCUACGGGAGCGGGUACUGAGGGGAAAAUACCGUAUUCCGUUCUACAUGUCCACGGACUGUGAAAACCUGCUUAAGAAAUUUCUCAUACUUAAUCCUAGUAAGAGAGGCACUUUAGAGCAAAUUAUGAAAGAUCGGUGGAUGAACGUGGGGCACGAAGACGAUGAGUUAAAGCCUUAUGUGGAACCACUCCCUGACUACAAGGACCCCCGGCGGACAGAGUUGAUGGUGUCAAUGGGUUACACACGGGAAGAGAUCCAGGACUCGCUGGUAGGCCAGAGGUACAACGAAGUGAUGGCCACCUAUCUGCUCCUGGGCUACAAGAGCUCUGAGCUGGAAGGGGACACCAUCACAUUGAAGCCCCGGCCUUCGGCUGAUCUGACCAACAGUAGUGCCCCAUCUCCAUCCCACAAGGUUCAGCGCAGCGUCUCUGCUAACCCCAAGCAGCGGCGCUCCAGUGACCAGGCCGUCCCUGCCAUCCCCACCUCGAAUUCCUACUCUAAGAAGACUCAGAGUAACAACACAGAAAAUAAGCGGCCCGAGGAAGAGACAGGGCGGAAAGCCAGCAGCACCGCCAAAGUGCCUGCCAGCCCUCUGCCUGGCCUGGAGAGGAAGAAGACCACUCCUACCCCCUCCACAAACAGCGUCCUCUCCACCAGCACAAACCGAAGCAGGAAUUCCCCACUUUUGGACAGGGCCAGCCUUGGCCAGGCCUCCAUCCAGAAUGGUAAAGACAGCCUAACCAUGCCAGGGUCCCGGGCCUCCACGGCUUCUGCUUCUGCCGCAGUCUCUGCGGCCCGGCCCCGCCAGCACCAGAAAUCCAUGUCUGCCUCCGUACACCCCAACAAGGCCUCUGGGUUGCCCCCCACGGAGAGUAACUGUGAGGUGCCUCGGCCCAGCACAGCCCCCCAACGUGUCCCUGUCGCCUCCCCCUCCGCCCACAACAUCAGCAGUGGUGGAGCCCCAGACCGAACUAAUUUCCCCCGGGGUGUGUCCAGUCGAAGCACCUUCCAUGCUGGGCAGCUCCGACAGGUGCGGGACCAGCAGAAUCUGCCCUAUGGUGUGACCCCAGCCUCUCCCUCUGGUCAUAGCCAGGGCCGGCGGGGUGCCUCUGGCAGCAUCUUCAGCAAGUUCACCUCCAAGUUUGUCCGCAGAAAUCUGUCUUUCAGGUUUGCCAGAAGGAACCUGAAUGAACCUGAAAGCAAAGACCGAGUGGACACGCUCAGACCUCACGUGGUAGGCAGUGGAGGCAAUGACAAGGAAAAGGAAGAGUUCCGGGAGGCCAAGCCUCGGUCCCUGCGCUUCACGUGGAGCAUGAAGACCACGAGCUCUAUGGAGCCCAAUGAGAUGAUGCGGGAGAUCCGCAAGGUGCUGGACGCCAACAGCUGCCAAAGCGAGCUGCACGAGCGAUACAUGCUGCUGUGCAUGCAUGGCACACCAGGCCACGAGAACUUUGUGCAGUGGGAGAUGGAGGUGUGCAAACUGCCCCGGCUGUCUCUCAACGGUGUUCGGUUUAAGCGGAUAUCGGGCACCUCCAUGGCCUUCAAAAACAUUGCCUCCAAAAUAGCCAACGAGCUGAAGCUUUAACAGGCUGUCAGGAGGGGGGCAGCAGAGACCCACCAGUGGACUUGGCUGCUUGGGCCAACCCUGCAUCCCCCCAACACACACCUGGGAGAAACUGCAGGAUGAAUUGGUGUGUCUCCCCUGCUGGCACUUGUCCCCUUCCAGGCCCUACUCAGUUUUUUUCUUCCAUGUUUGUGGGGGAUGGGAAACGGUUCUUCCCUCCUCACAUCCACCCUUCCCCAGAAGUUCCCCCUUCCCCUCUCCCCCUACAGGAGGCAAAGGAAGGGGAAGGGGUGGGGGGGCAGGGCUCCCCCUCGGUACUGCGGUUGCACAGAGUAUUUCGCCUAAACUAAGAAAUUUUUUUAUUACCAAAAAGAAAAAAAAAGGAAAAAAAAAAAGAAAAAAAGAAAAAAAUCCCAGCGGCCACCUUUCCUCCCUGCCCCAUUGGGACAGUCAAGACUGGAUCUGUGGGGUUCCUGGGAGGGUGGCUCAGGGCUGGAACACUCUCAGGCAAGAGUGGUGGAGUUCCCUGGCAGGCCCUCCGCCAGGCCCACUUUGGGCUUCUCCCCUCUCCCCACUUCUUUCCCCUUCAAGAGACCCACCAGAGGUGGCCUUCCCCUGCCCCCAGGCCCUUGGGCUACAGGCCUAUACACUGGGGCCCUGUGGGGGUACUGCACAGCCCUGGAGAGGGUGGGUGGUGGGGCCCCGGCUCCCUCCAUGCCCUAUCCUCUGCCCUCCUUCCCCAGAGCUGGGCAUUUCCUUUCAUGAGCUGCUGUGGGGACAUUUGUUCCCCUCCUCAGAAGUCUGUGCCAUCUUCUCCCACCUCUCCGGUGGAAGGCGGGGCUGACCCCAGUACUGGGAAGAGGGAGGGGAUUGGGCCAUGGACUCUCAGCCUCCAGGGGGCCGCUUGGGAACAGGGACACGGGCUUCUCCGUUCUGGGUGUCUUUGUCUGAAAGCACAGCCCCUCACCAUCCCCCCCCCCUACUGCUUCCCCUUCCUUGGCAUUAAUCUGGGCACCGUUCUCAUCUCUCAGCCUUGCCUUUUCUUCCUGGCGCUGCCGCCCCUCCUCUCAGGAGACUGUCCAGGGCCUCCAUGGCUGCCUGGCGGAAGGCUGGAUUGGGCGGCUGGGCCAGGAGCCUCUGUCCUACACAGGGUGGGGCCAAGUGACGCCUGCUUGCUAACCUCCAAGGCCAGUGUGUGAAUGGGUGACUAUAGGCGCUUGGCUGGUGGUGGCCACUGCAACCCUUAAUUUAUUUCUCUGCUGUUUCAGUUCCUGAGAAAUUGGGGGAGUCUCACAGAGGCUGCCCCUGCCCUCACCUGAGUUGUACAUUUUUUUUUGUGAUGGGUUU